CCCGCUCCUGGGCCGGCUGGAGUCGAGCCGAGGCUGGGGCGCUGCUGCGCUGAACGCGGAGCCUCCCGCAUCCCGGCGAGCCCCCUCGGGAGCUGCGUCCCGCCGCAUCGCCUCCCGGCACCCGGCACCCCCCUUCCUCUCUCCGGCGGCGGGCGCGGUGCCGCCGCCCUCCUCUUGGGUAGGCGUCGGGGCUGUGGCGGGCUCCCCACCGGCUCCAGCGGGCCGCCCGCCCUCUAGCGAUGCCCACCGUGGGCGGGGGCCGCCCAUCGCUCGGCCGCGCCUCCUCAAGCAGACGCGCCUCGGCCACAUCCACCCGCCACCACCGUUGCUGCCGCUGCCGGCCCUGACUCCGGAGGAGGAGCGCUCUCUGGGAGUGGCUCCAUCUCUGGCCUGGAAGGGGCGCUUCUCCUCCGGCUCGCUCGCUCGCUCGCUCGCUCGGUCUCUCUCUCUCUCUCUCUGCCGCCGAAUCCGGGAGCGGCGAGUCUGCCAGGAGCGUGCAGGAGGCCGAGGGAGCCCCCCGGAGCCGCUGACCUUCGCCUGGCUGGCGGACCGAGGCCCUCCCGCCUCGCGGGGGGACCCGGCGCGCGUCCCUGGAUGGCUGCGGCUGCGCCGGGCAAGCGAGGACUCCUCCCGCGCCCCGGCCGACGUUGCCGGCUGCCCACCCUGAUGGAGAGGAGGGGGCCUUUCGUGCGCGACGACGACCCGAAGGGAAGCAGGAGCCGCGCUCUGGGCAGCUGGAUCGAUGGCUAGAGCGCAGCGAGCCCCCUAAGGAGCAACCUGCCGAAGCCGCCGCCGCCUUCCUGGCUCGGUGCAGCGUCAGCAGCGGCCGGCCGACGGACGGGAAGAAGAGUCGCCGCUUCGGGGCUGCAGCUGCUGGGGAGGCAUCUUCCGCUCCGCGGCGGGGCACCUGCAGCCUCCGCCCUUUGCAGCGUGGCGGGAGCCCCCUCCGCGCGGCGGCUAGUGUGUGGCAAGCCGUGCGUUGCGCCCCACGGACGGGGGCAGCAGGAAGGGCGGGGCGAGGCGAGGCUUGUCCAUGGGCCGCCGCUUGAGCCUGCCCGGCGCCGCGGCGGGGAGCAGCAGCCGGGCUGCGAGCUGGGGGCGCUCAGGAGCGGCACGGAUGGCGGGGCGGCUGCUGCUGCUGCUGCCCUAGGCGCCGCGGGGCACUGCGGGGAGUGAAGUUGCCCGCUUAUGGGUCCCUGCGACGGCGGCAGAGCGAGUGCCUCCCUCUGACGGCGCCAUGGAGCGCCUCCUGCUGUGUGCCCUGCUGUUCUGCAGCUUGGCCCGAGCCCAGGUGUGUCCCAAGCGCUGCAUGUGCCAGAACCUGUCCCCCUCGCUGGCCAUCCUCUGUACCAAGACGGGCCUCCUCUUCGUGCCCACCGUGAUCGACCGGCGCACGGUGGAGCUGCGCCUGACCGACAACUUCAUCACCGUCGUCCGCCGGAAGGACUUCACCAACAUGACCAGCCUGGUGCACCUCACCCUCUCCCGCAACACCAUCAGCCAGAUCCUGCCCUUCGCCUUUGCCGACCUGCGUGGCCUGCGGGCCUUGCACCUCGACAACAACCGCCUCCUCUCGAUCGGGAGCGACCAGCUCAAGGGCCUGCCCAACCUCCGUCACCUCAUCCUCAGCAACAACCAGCUGCAGGACAUCUCCCCCGGCGCUUUCGACGACUUUGCGGGCACCCUGGAGGACCUGGACCUCUCCUACAACAACCUCGUGCAGGUCCCCUGGGAGACCAUCCGGCGCCUCAACAACGUCAACUCCCUCAGCCUGGACCACAACUUGAUCGAUUUCGUCCCGGAGGGGGUCUUCACCAACCUCCUCAAGCUGGCCCGCUUGGACAUGACCUCGAACAAGCUGAAGAAGAUCCCUCCCGAUCCCCUCUUCCUCCGGAUCCCCGUCUACGCCAAGUCCAAAGGCUCCCCGCUUUCUUCCUUGGUCCUGAGCUUUGGGGGGAACCCCUUGCAUUGCAACUGUGAGUUGUUGUGGCUGCGCAGGCUCACCCGCGAAGACGACUUGGAGACCUGUGCCUCUCCACCAGACCUGCUGGGGAAAUACUUCUGGACUAUCCCCGAGGAGGAGUUCAUCUGCGAACCUCCCGUCAUCACCCGCCACUCCGGGCACCUCGUGGUGACCGAGGGCGAGGGGGCCGUCCUGCGCUGCCGCGGAGUGGGCGACCCAGAGCCCUCCAUCCACUGGGUGUCCCCAGAGGGCAAAGUGGUGGCCAACACUUCGCGGACCAUUUCGUACGACAACGGCACCCUCGAAAUCCUCAUUGCCACCGUCCAAGACACCGGGGCCUUCACGUGCAUAGCCUCCAAUGCUGCUGGGGACGCCACCACCUCCAUCGAGCUGGUGGCUAACCCAUUGCCUCACCUCUCCAACAGCACUGCCCCCAAGGUCCCCGAGGCCGCGGGGCCAUCUGACAUCCUUACCUCAGCCAAGGCCGCCCUUCCUGCCGGUGCCAAUGAAACGGGGGCCUCUCCGGACAAGGGGGUGGUGGCUUCAGAGGUGUCGUCCUCCUCGGUGCUGAUCCAUUGGUAUCCACAAUGGCAUGUCCCUGGCAUCCGGAUGUACCAGAUCCAAUACAACAGUUCCUCUGAUGACACUUUAGUGUACAGAAUGAUCCCAUCAUCCAGCAAAGCCUUCUUGGUGAAGGACUUGACCUCCGGGCGGGACUACAACCUGUGCGUCUUGGCGGUCUACGACGACGGGGUGACGUCCCUCACCGCCACGCGAAGCCUGGGCUGUGUCCGGUUCAGCACCCUGCAGGACGCACCCCAGUGCCACUCGCUCCACACCCAGUUCCUGGGGGGCACCAUGAUCAUCAUCAUCGGGGGCAUCAUUGUGGCCUCCGUCCUCGUCUUCAUCAUCAUCCUCAUGAUCCGCUACAAGGUCUACAGUGGCCAAGAGGAGCACAAGAAAGCCAAAGUCAGCAACGUCUACUCGCAGACCAACGGGAGCCAGCCGCCCCCCGCCGCCGCCGCUCUGGCCUGCUCGGCCUCCAAACCCGAGGGGUGGGGCAUGGACAGUUCGGGGGGGCCCCGGGUCAGGAGGGACUGCAGCGUCCUGGCCCUGAGCAAGGACUGUGAGAAGGGGGCCGAGGAGGCGCCAUCUCCCCGGAGGAGGAGGAGGUGGUCACGGACUCACAUAGACCUCCAUAACAACUGUCCCGGGCCAGGGGCAGAGCCCUGCAGGACCGAAGAGCAAGAUCGGCGCAUUGGCUGGGAGCUGCAGCUAGCCCCUCCUGGGCAUCCUCUGAACUCCGACCUGCCUGCCUCUGCCGGGUUGGGGCCCCUGGGAGGGCUCAGCUGGGGCUGCCAGGAGGGGCCACCAGGCUGAAUCUCCAGGACACCCCCACGCCCCCGUGCCCCAUUUCUCCACUCUCCCACCACAAUGGUGCUGCCCACGACGGGGAGGGGUGGGCAGGCGCCCCCAGUCUCCCGUUUCCAUGCUGCCGGGGGGGGGGGCGGGCUCUGUCUGCCGGAGUCACUGCCACUCACCUCUACCGGGCACCGUUUCUACCGGACUCCCUUGCGGGGCCCCCCCCCCGUUUUCUACAAGCUCUGUUUUUCUAACCCGUGUCUGCAGUUUUCUAAUAAACAGAGUUGGAAAUCAG